AACUUCAUUGUUGUGCUCUGCUGUGCUGCUCUUGAGGGAAAGAAUUACAGUUUUUUGGACAAAAUGGACAAUGAAUUCAAACUGGAAGACGUGCAGGAUUUGAUAAGCGACGCCCAGGCAACUAUUCGUUCAGUCAGAACCAGUCUGAGACUGCGUGAACUUUCAAUUGAGGAGGCUUCGUCGGAACUUAGCGAAGGUUUGGAGGUUAGAGAGCAUCAAUCUCAGGUUCCGGAUAGAGAAAAUCAAAAUAAUUCAGCCACAACCAGCGCACACACAAUGCCAAUUGCCGUUUCAGAAUCUCAGGAACCCAGCCGGGAGCAACAAAAUCCAGAAUUGCUAGCAGGACCAGCAGAGCAAACAUCAGAAGCCCAAAGCUCAGCUCCAAUGGAGAGUGCCGACGACGUUUCUAGUGGAAACAUCGACCUGGACAACGCGGAUUCACAAGUGGAACUUGUUGAUGGAGACGCUGCGAGUGUGAGGCCACAAAUCCUUCCAGAUGCUUGUAAUCUCAAUGACACCGAUGAAAUCAUCCUGGUGAGUGAGACCAGAAACCCAAAUCCAGUGGUGAUUGAUUUGUGCACCCCAGAAAGCCCUCGCACUACCCGGCGAUCGCCAGUGAGGCGGAAACGGCGGAGUCAAUCUGCAGUUGAGGAGAGAGAUGAUGCAUCAACACCCAACAAAACACGGACAUCAUCUGUCACCGCCAGUGACCUCAGCUGUGUGAUAUGCAUGGAGGACAUGCGUCCCCGUCAACCCUUUUCCACCCCGUGUGGCCAUGUCUUCUGCAAGAAAUGCAUCACCACAGCGAUCACCACUUCGAAGCGCUGUCCGAUCUGCCGAAAGAUCAUCUCUUUGAAGGCCAUCCAUCCGCUCUAUCUCUUUGCUAAGUGAACUCAUCCGCGAAAUUGAGAAUAACGCUGUGAAUUAAUAAAUUUCCAUUUUCUAUAC